AUGGAAUCCAACAAAGAAUUUGAUAUUGCCGUUCUCGGUCCUACGGGCUACACAGGCAAGUUUUGCGCAGAAUAUAUUGUCAAGAAUCUCCCAACAAACUUAAAAUGGGCUCUGGCGGGCCGGUCUCUCUCGAAGAUCGAGAAUGUUGCUAAGGAACUCAAAGCAUUGAACCCUGAUCGCAGUCCACCAGUAGACACCAUUGCUGUUCAGCUUAACCAGGAAGAACUAUACUCCCUUGCUCAGAGAACGAAGCUCAUCAUCAAUUGCAUCAUUCCGUCUGUAGGUUUUGAAAGUGUGCCUGCAGAUAUACUGUCCUGGAUACUCGUAAAGCGCGUACGGGAGGAAUUUUCAUGCCAUACCAGGGAAAUCACUUGCGCCAUUGACGAGCUCAAGAGCUCCGGCGCAAGUGGAGGCACUCUGAGCACGAUUUUGAGCAUUUUCGACUCCCUUUCGAUUUCAGACAUGUUCAAGUCGAUACAUCCCUUCGCAAUUGCUGCCUCCGCACCAAAGUCUAUACCUAGCGAGCCAUUCAUCAACACGCUUCUGGGAGUCCGCUCUGUGCGAGAUAUGGGUGUUCUUACCACAGCCCCUAUAACAAUUGCUGAUCGUCUAAUUGUUCACCGCAGCAGUACGUUAAUGCCAGAGUUCUAUGGACCCCAAUUCUAUUUCAGAGAGUUCAUUCGCGUACGAAACGUAUUCAUCGGUGUUGCUCUGCAUAUUGCAUUUGUUAUCGGGCUGCUCCUUUUGACGUUGCCUCCGGUUCGAUUCCUGCUGAGACGGAUCAUAUAUACACCGGGAAGUGGACCGCGCAGGGAAGAUUCAACUACUGAAUGGUUUCGGUAUCGUGCUGUGGCGACUGUCGAUCAGACCUCACAGACGCCGAAGCGUGUGCUCGGUAUACUGAAGUAUCAAGGAUCGCUGUAUGCCCUGACAGGGCUGUUGAUGGCUGAGGCCGCAAUGGUUGUCUUGGAAAACGAGGCGAAGGUUAAAAAAGUGUCGCGAGCUGGUAUUGUGACUUCAGCCACUCUGGGCCAGGAAUAUGCGGAUCGACUGGAGAAGGCGGGUUGCAGGAUUGAAACGCGGCUGUUAGAGUACUAA